AUGGGGUAUGCCGCGGGCCAGCUAGACUCCAGAACGCAGGGGAGGUUCCGCGGGGGGGCGGGACGCACUCAGGAUGUUUCCGCGGGCCGCGAGACUCACGCAGGAGGGGGCCGCGGGCCGCUGGACCUCACUGCAGGAGGGGGCCGAGGGCCGCUGACGCACUCGCUCUCUUUCCAGGGAAAUUCUCCCCCAGUGGUGGUGAACACUGACACACUUGACGGCUCCCCCUACGUCAACGGGACAGAGGGGGAAAUUGAGUAUGAAGAGAUUACACUGGAAAGAGGUAACUCAGGCCUGGGCUUCAGUAUAGCUGGGGGGACAGAUAACCCUCAUGUUGGUGAUGACCCCAGCAUCUUCAUCACCAAGAUCAUCCCUGGAGGAGCUGCGGCCCAGGACGGACGGUUGAGUGUGAAUGACAGUAUCCUGUUUGUGAAUGAUGUUGAUGUGAGGGAGGUGACCCACAGUCUGGCUGUAGAAGCUCUGAAGGAGGCGGGGGCCAUCGUCCGCCUCUACGUGCUGCGCAGGAAACCAGCCGCAGAGAAAGUUACAGAGAUCAAACUCAUCAAAGGGCCCAAAGGUUUAGGUUUCAGCAUCGCUGGAGGAGUGGGUAACCAGCACAUUCCAGGAGACAACAGCAUCUAUGUCACUAAGAUCAUCGAGGGUGGAGCUGCUCACAAGGACCAGCGGCUGCAGAUAGGGGAUAAGAUACUGGCGGUGAACAGUGUGUGUCUGGAGGACGUGAUGCAUGAGGAUGCAGUGGGAGCCCUGAAGAACACAGCUGAGGUGGUUUACCUCAGGGUGGCCAAGCCUAACAACCUCUACCUGAACUCCUACAACCCCCCUGACCUCACCAGCACAUACUCCCCUCACAUGGAUACAGAUCUUGGCCCCACCUACCUUGGAUCAGAUUACCCACAAGCUCUCACUCCCACCUCGCCCAGUCGCUUCUCUCCGGUGUUGCACAGCUUGAUGGGGGAUGAAGACCUUCCCAGGGAGCCUAGGAGAGUGCUGAUCCACCGGGGUUCUACGGGCCUGGGUUUUAACAUCGUGGGAGGAGAGGAUGGAGAGGGGAUCUUUAUCUCCUUCAUCCUGGCAGGGGGGCCUGCCGACCUCAGCGGAGAGCUGCGCAAGGGCGACCAGAUCCUCAGCGUAAAUGGAGUGGACCUGCGUAUCGCCACCCAUGAGCAGGCUGCUGCAGCCCUGAAGAACGCUGGCCAGACUGUCACCAUCAUUGCCCAGUACAGACCAGAGGAAUACAGCCGUUUCGAAGCGAAGAUCCACGACCUGAGGGAACAGCUGAUGAACAGCAGCAUGGGUUCUGGUCAGACAACACUGAGGAGCAACGCCAAGAGAGGCUUCUACAUCAGGGCCCUGUUUGACUAUGAUAAGACAGCAGACUGUGGUUUCCUGAGCCAGGCUGUGGGCUUCAGGUUUGGUGACGUGCUCCAUGUCCUGGACUGUGGUGAUGAGGAGUGGUGGCAGGCCAGACGGGUCAGCCCGCAGACAGAAGCUGAGGAGGUCGGCUUUAUUCCCAGCAAACGCAGGGUAGAAAGGAAAGAGUGGUCUCGCAUGGGCACCAAAGAAAGGGAUCGCAGUCGAGACAGCCUCGGGUCUCAAGGGAGGGAUGAUUCUCAACACAGCUAUGAAACAGUCACACAAGUGGAGGUCCAUUAUGCCAGGCCCAUCAUAAUAUUGGGUCCCAUAAAGGACAGGGUAAAUGAUGACCUGCUGUCGGAGUUCCCUGACAAGUUUGGAUCUUGUGUCCCUCACACCACACGGCCCAAGCGUGAGUACGAGGUGGACGGGCGGGACUACCACUUUGUGUCGUCACGGGAACAAAUGGAGAAGGACAUCCAGAGCCACCGUUUCAUCGAGGCGGGCCAGUACAACAGCCACCUGUACGGCACCAGCGUUCAGAGCGUCCGCCAGGUGGCAGAGCAGCAAGGAAAACACUGUAUACUGGACGUAUCGGCCAAUGCUGUCCGCAGACUACAGGCCGCUCAGCUUCACCCCGUCGCCAUCUUUGUCCGGCCCAAGUCACUGGAGAAUGUCCUAGAGAUCAACACUCGACUGACAGAAGAGCAGGCCAGAAAGGGCAUGGACCGCGCUCUCAAACUGGAACAGGACUUUCUAGAGUGUUUCUCAGCUGUGGUGGAAGGAGACAGCUUCGAGGAGGUUUACCACAAGGUGAAGACGGUGAUCGAGGAGCAGUCGGGGCCUUACAUCUGGAUCCCCACCCGGGAGAGGCUGUGAGGCUGCCCCAUAACCCCAACCACCCUCAGACAGUCUGCCCUCCAGCCCAACCAGGGCAGAGAGACAGAGAGAGAAGGACACCGAGACAGACAGACAGAGGGACACGUGAAGAUAGAGACAGGAGGGGAAACAUAAUCACACAGAGAGAGAGAGACACAGAAUAACACUAAAAGAGACACAUGAAUAGAAACACAGAGAGAUAGACAUGGACGGUAUUUAAUAAAUAUGAAUAUAUUAUCAAUGUGUGGUGAGUACUGAGAAAGACUGGACAGGGGUGACCCAGUUGGGUGUGGCAGGGCAGGGCAGGGGGCGUCCCCGGGAUUAGCACAGGGUAAAUGAUCCACCAUCUCUCCCUCUCCUUCUCUCUGUCUCAUUGGCUGCCUUUGACAUCCCCGCCGACAAGGUGGCAAAACCAUCAGCAUCCAUCUGAUCCUUCCUUUUUUAUAUCCCUUAGCCUUCUCUCCUCCUCCUUCUCUCCUCCUCCUAUCUCCCCUCUCUCCUUUCAGGACAUGAAAAGGAGGGAGAGAGAGAGAGAGAGAGAAGGAGAGUGAAUAGACUAUGGAAGGACACACAGAUCCUAGUGGGUUCCUCUAAUCCAGAGGAGGCUCUUUUCUAGUGAAGAGGCUUUGCUCUAUGAACAACAUCCCACUAACCAAGACUGGCAUUUGCUCAAUCACCCACGAAAAGCAUUGCAAGGACAUUUUUUAAAAGCAGCACAAAUUAAAACUCAAAAGUUGAACUUGUGCAUGCGUCCUCAGAGGACUCAGAGAUGGGAGUUGAGGAAAAUGAUGGAUAUUAAGAAGAACCAACAGAGAAAAAGAAGAAGAAGAAUGGCCACCCGUCUUUCUGUUUUCCCCUCCGUUUUGAUGGUGGGAGGUUUUUAGCAUGUCUCAACAGAGAGAGGAGCAGAGCGGUGCAGACAGGGAAAGAGGGGGGUGUCUUUCUUGUGUGCAAACUCACUGUGUGCAUUGACAAUGGAAGACCUCACAGUAUAACCACUGGGUCUCUUCUGUACCGCACACACAGUCAGCCGUACAGUAGUUCUAAUCCACCUGGCUGUUCUCCAAAAGCACUGGUUGUUCUGCUUGUUUGCAACAGACAGGCAGAUCCCAGGCUGAAUGUUCUCUUAAUGCACAACAGCAGAAUUCUUAUGUUCAGCUCCUUAGUGUGAAGAGCCCCGCAGCCAAUUCUCUGUUCACUCUUCCAAAAAGACCCCUCAACAACCCACACACAGUGUUCUCACUGGCCGCUCUGAGCAGUGGUGUGUGUGUGUGUGUGUGUGUGUGUGUGUGUGUGUGUGUGUGUGUGUGU